CGCCAGAGACGGUUCCUACAUGAGUUCUUUAAAGAGCGAUAAACGAUGACAACAACCUUAAAACAAGCUUUAAAAACCCACUUUGGGUUUGACAACUUCCGGUCUAAAGUACAGGAAGAUGUUGUUAAAGUCGUCGUUAAAGGUGACAGGGAUGUGUUCGUGUGCAUGCCCACUGGAGCAGGGAAGUCCCUCUGCUACCAGCUGCCUGCUGUCAUGGCUGAGGGUAUUACUCUGGUUAUAUCACCGCUAAUCGCUCUCAUUCAGGACCAAGUGGACCACCUGAAGAGUCUGAACAUCGCUGCCUGCUCCAUCAACUCCAAGCUGCCAGCCGGCGAGCGCAGUCUGAUCCUGGCCGACUUGGGGAGCAGCAGCCCCAAGCUGAAGCUGCUCUAUAUUACCCCCGAGAUGGUGGCCUCUCCCUCGUUCCAGCCCUGCCUGACCGGCCUGUGCUCCCGCGGCCUGCUGUCCUACCUGGCCGUGGACGAGGCUCACUGCGUCUCCCAGUGGGGGCACGACUUCAGGCCGGACUACCUCAAACUGGGAGAGCUGCGUGGUCGCUUGCCGGGGGUUCCCUGUUUGGCCCUGACAGCAACGGCGCCCAAGAAUGUUCAAGAGGACGUUGUUCAGUCCCUGAGGCUGCGCUCGCCGCUGUCUUUUGUUACGCCUGUCUUCCGCAGUAACUUGCACUAUGAUGUGAUCUUCAGGGAGCUGCUGCCAAACCCUUACCUCCACCUCUACGCCUUCAUUCAGAAGUCACUGGCACUGGGCAGCGGCUCUAAUCAACAGGGCUGUGGGAUUGUGUACUGUCGGACCAGGGACGGCUGUGAAACAGUAGCUCACCAGCUGACCAAGCUUGGAGUCUUGGCCAAACCGUAUCAUGCAGGUCUGAGACCAGGAGAUCGCACAGAGCACCAGAACGAGUGGAUGCAGGGGAAGGUGCUGGUUAUUGUAGCCACCAUCAGCUUCGGUAUGGGAGUCGACAAGGCCAGUGUCAGGUUUGUGGCUCACUGGAACCUCGCCAAGUCCCUGGCGAGUUACUACCAGGAGUCUGGGCGAGCCGGGAGAGACGGCUUGCCCUCCUCCUGUCGCACAUACUACUCUCCCAAAGAUAAGGAGCAGAUGAACUUCCUCAUCCGCAAGGAGGUUGGCCGCAGACAGGAAAAACGAGGCUCUGCAAAGGAGGCCGACAAAGCUGCCAUCACAGACUUUGACGCCAUGGUGUCGUUCUGCGCUCAAGAAGCUUGCCGCCAUGCCACCAUCUCCAAGUUCUUCGGGGACGAGACGCCCAACUGUGCCGGUUCCUGCGACUUCUGUCGUAACCCCAAAGUCGUGCGCGCCCAGCUGGAGAGGGCGGCCGUCCUCUGCACCAAGACGGCGGCUCAGAGCACGGAGGCCACGGGGCCGUUCGGGUUCCAGCGAGGCCUUUACGAAGGAGGACGGAAGGGCUACGGCUUCGAAAGGUUUGAUGAAGGGGACGCCAGUAGUGGUGAAGACGAUGGCUCGACGAGGAAAAAGGUGUUUUCAGACAUCUACAAGAAGCAGAUGAAGAUGCGGAAGGUGGCAACUGGCGGUCAGAGAGAAGACUUUGUUGCUCCAGAGGCUGACUGCCCGCUCAGAGAGGCCGACAGCCAGAGGAUCCCCAGACUCACCGUGAAGGCCAGAGAGCACUGCCUGUGCCUCCUGCAGGAAGCAUUAUAUGGCCACCAGAGGGCAGAAGACUCAUUCAGUGACAGCCUGAUGUUGGCGGCCGAUAUUGAACACGAGGUCUUCAAGAGCUCCAAGUCCUCCAACUUGUACAAAGCUGCCGUCCUGAAGAAGGUAUCGGAGAUGAAGAAAACAGCACCUGGAGAAAGGGGAGAAGGUGUCAAGACUGACGGCAGCAGUGAAAAUGAGUCCAAACUCAAAGAGGAAACUCCCUCGUCUUCCUCCUCCUUCUUUUCUGAGGAGCUGCAGGGGUUCACAUCUGCAUCUGAGAUCUACUCAAUGAAGCGCAAGAGAGUCGGAGCAGGCCUGAGAGGAUCAUCCAACCCCUUCCUGGCUGCUAAGGAUCUGCUGAAGAACUCCGUGUCGGACACUAACAAGUUGACAGAGAGCGGCGGGUUCUACGACAGCUCGGGAGGCUCCGGAAAAUCUAACGCAGAUGCGUCUGCAGCUGUGACGUCGUCCAUCAGAGCCAGAGCGAACGUCGCCGCCGCCCUGAACAGCCCGACGAAGGCAGGCAGAGCCGUGAGCAAGAAGCAGCAGAAACUAGCGGAGGCGGCAAAGAGCUCCCGCAACAUUUCCCAGUAUUUUGCGAAGAAAGAAACGACGGAGAAAAGCCCCGACGAGGCGGAGACGCCAAAGGGACUCGAUGCCGCGGUGGCGGUCGCUCAAGAAAGCACCGAGGAACUCUCACCCGUCGCUGUGGAGGACGUGGACAUCAGUCCUGUGGAGACUCAGGACGCGAUCCAGGAAGAAAGUAAAAGAGACGUAAUAGUUAUACAUGAUGAUGAUGACUAUGAUGAUGAAGAGGAGGAGGAAGAAGAGGAAACGCAUAAAACAGAGACGUUGGAGCUGGACUGGCUUCAAGACACAUCUGAGGAGAAUAUCAAGUCCACUGCAGAACAAAACCCACCAGAGGAAGAAGCUAAAGCACCUCCAACAGAAGGCUUGACAGAUGAUAUGGAAGCGAACAUAGAGUCGUCUCCUCCGGCGAAGCGCAGCCGCCCCGCAGACAGAAGAGUAACCUUCAACCCCAACGUGCAGGAGAGGGCCCUGCUGCCCGUCAGCGAGCCGCCCGAGCCUGUGACGCUGAAGGAAGCGGCUGACAUCGUGGUCCACUACCUGGACCCCUUUUACACCAAGGGAAGGUUUGCCACCAAGGAGUUGUUUAAGUCCUUCGCCCGCUACUUGUCUCACCUGCUGGCAGAGGGGAGGAGUCAGGGGAAAGGCCAAGUUAAAGCAGAAGCCAAAGUUCUCAUCAAGAAGUUCUUCAGCGGAGUGGAGCGCUGCGAGAGCGAGGCCGACUGGAAGCACCUCAAACGACCGCACAGCUGUAAAACCACAGAGAACCAGCAAUGAUGGGAAGUGGGAACGUACGGUUUUGUCAGUGCCUCAGCUUGUCUCUGGUCCCAGUGAACUCAGGCUUCACCACAGAUGCCUGUCGACCUGCUUCAUGGUUCAUUUGCUGCUGGAGUUCUGCUUUUUUUCAGGCUCGUUGCUGCCGCAGUAGCUUAUGUCAAUAAUUAAGCAAUAACACGUGGGCUGUUUCAGCUUGAGAGAGCAGAGGUACAUCUGUGUGCAUGCGAAUGGGAGGAGUCUUGUUUGUAUGUUUCGGCUAUUAACUGAAAAUUGUGGGAACAGCUUUUUUUUUUUUUUAGUCGUUUAUUCGUUUCAGGACAGACUGGCACUUUUGUUGUGCUGCACUCUCCUUAAUUCAAGUCAAUAUGCACUUACAUCUUCAGUAAAACAUGCUUCAAGUCUCUGCAAGCUGAUUUGAAAGGAACCCAAAGGCCUCUUGGAAUAAAGAAGUCUAAAGCCAUGCUAGCAGCUCUGUGGCGCUAAACUGAACGCUAACAGAACAUUUGCUAAUUUAAUUAGCACUGAACACAAAGUACAGCUGAAGAUAAUGGGAUUAGUCAUUUGGUCAUAAACAGAAUUAAAAUGUUGACCCGACGGUGCUGGAUGAAAAGUCAGGGGAUCACCACUAGGGUUCAUCCUCUGGGGAGCAUUUAAUAUGAACCAAAGGACAUACCAGCUGAUAUGUUCAUCCACAGAGUUCGCAGCAUGGCUAGAAACACGUCGUGUAAAUGGUUGACAGCAAUGUGAAGAACACAUGGUUUGAAGUAAAUGGGACUGAAACAUACAGGAACAGUUAUCUGACAUUAACCAGACGAUUCUGUGCUAUUGGAGCCUGAUGGAUAUUUUUUACUGCUGCUACAUGUGAUGUCUUUGGCUGCUGGACUGCAGAACAAAGAACAAAGUAAGUGUACAACAAUGAGAUACUGUAUGAUGUGAAACUGUCUGUUUUGUUUUUUUUUUACUAAAGAUAAACUACAUUAAUUUAUAUUUUCAGGUUUGUUUCUUGGCAAAGGGAUCAUUUUGCAGAACGUUUCUUUUUUCAGUAACAUGAGUUCCGAUAAGGGAAAUGUUGCUUAGUCAUGGUGCCUGUGAGAGGACACAGUCUCUGUCUCCACAGAGGAAACACAAAGACUACUGGAGCUGAUGGACACAGAGGUCUGAACAGUCUAUGUACUCUUUGCUCCUAAAUGUUUACAAUAAAUAAUCUACGCUGAACAGGACUAACCGCAGUGUGAGAAUCGUACUGUCUGUUAAUUCACCAACACAAAUGUCUUGAACUGGAGCUCUGGGGGACAAAGGGGGGAGACGUCCGUGAUGGGGACGCUGUCAAAUAGACGGUGACGUCACCUCCAGUGGUGCUGCCUUCAAUGCCCCAUGUAAUUUACGGCCUCCCUACAUCUAGACUAUGAAAAGGAAGGGUUGCAAAUAGUAGAAACAUGACAGUAGUGCCCCAUUUAAAGAGACAGUUCCCCCCAAAACCAGAAACGCAUAUUUCCUUUUACCUGUAGUGCUGUUUAUCGGUCUAGAAUGUUUGUUUUGGUGUAAGUUACCUAGUUUUGGAGAUAUUAGCCGUAGGGAUGUCUGCCUUCUCUUUAAGAUAAUAAUCUUAUAAUUGGAAAUAGUUUCACGUGGGGCUUACAAACAGUUGGAUGUUAUAAUGAUACAACUUUAAAUAAACAUGUCAGAUUCAAA